AAAAAACCCACGAUCCAUACACGCGCCAUGGCUACCGUACCAAGCACCCAGAAGGGUGUCAUCAUCGAAAAGACAGGCGGCACCGAAGUCCUUCAAUACAAGACCGACUUACCUGUCGCAGCCCUUGCCGAAGGUGAAAUCCUUGUCAAGAACGACUAUAUCGGAGUCAAUUUCAUCGACACCUACUUCCGCAGUGGUCUAUACCCUGCGUCCCACUUCCCGUACAUUCUCGGCCGAGAGGCCGAAGGCACCGUCGUCAAAACCGGCGGCGGCGAGCUCCAUGGGCUCAAGGAGGGUGAUAAAGUCGUAUGGAUGGGCGACGGCGCAUACACCCAAUACACCGCAGUCCCCGCCUUCAAAGCCAUCAAGAUCCCCUCCUCCCUCCCCCCCAAAAUCGCCGCGGCUUCGCUCCUGCAAGGCCUCACGGCCCUAACCCUCGUCCGCGAAGCCCACCCCGUGCAAAAAGGCGACUGGGUCCUCGUCCACGCCGCCGCGGGCGGCACCGGGCUCUGGCUCGUGCAGCUGCUUAAAGCCAUCGGCGCACACACCAUCGGGACCGCCUCAACGCAGGAAAAAGUCGAUCUCGCACUGAAAGCCGGUGCUGAGCACGUCAUCAACUACACCCACGAAGACGUGCGGCAGCGCGUCGCGGAACUGACUUCCGGACAAGGCGUGAUCGCUGUCUUUGACGGAGUGGGGAAGUCGACGUUCGAUCUAAGCCUGGACGUGCUCGCGCGCAAGGGCAGUUUGGUCUCCUUCGGAAACGCGAGCGGAGCGGUGCCGCCCGUCACGAUCGGGCGACUUACGGCGAAGAACGCGAAGUUGCUGCGCCCUACGGUGGCGAAUUACGUGGCUACGCGGGAGGAGUACGAGGCGUAUAGCAAGGAGCUGUUUGCGUUUAUCGAGAAGGACGGGCUGGAUGCGCGGAUCCAUGGGGUUUAUCCCCUUAGCGAGGUGGCGAGGGCGCAGGGGGAUUUGGAGGGCAGGAAGACUAGUGGGAAGUUGUUGUUGGAUCCGGAGAAGUAAGGUAUAAAGAAUCCCGAUUGAGAAAUGAUGUAUCUGAGGUAGUGUAAUUAAGUAUCGCUAAAAGUGAUGUUGAAACCGUCUGUUACCUUUUCUCUUGAUAUCAGGGCUUAGAAAAUUCAUGUCGCUUAAUGGAAAGAUAGGGAUGCCAUCGAAUUUCCCUAUUGUUAGUUUACACCACAGCCAAGCAUUAAUAUUUCCAUUAGAAUCAC